GGCAGGGGAGGCCGGCAUAGCGGCCCAGACUCUCCGGACACAGGCCGCGGCGGCGGCGGCAGUUUCCGGCUCGGCGGGGAGGGUAGUGCCGCUGCCUGGACCCCAGACUGGAAGAUGUUUAACGUGGAAUCCUUGGAGCGGGUGGAGCUGUGCGAGAGCCUUCUCACCUGGAUCCAGACAUUUAAUGUGGAAGCACCAUGCCAGACUGUGGAAGAUUUAACGAAUGGGGUUGUGAUGGCCCAGGUGCUUCAAAAGAUAGAUCCUGUAUAUUUUGAUGAAAAUUGGCUAAAUAGAAUCAAAACAGAAGUGGGAGAUAAUUGGAGAUUAAAGAUAAGCAAUUUGAAGAAAAUUUUAAAAGGCAUUCUGGAUUACAACCAUGAGAUUUUAGGACAGCAGAUUAAUGAUUUUACACUUCCUGAUGUUAAUCUUAUUGGGGAACACUCAGAUGCUGCAGAGCUUGGAAGGAUGCUUCAACUCAUUUUGGGAUGUGCUGUGAACUGUGAACAGAAACAAGAGUACAUCCAGGCCAUUAUGGUGAUGGAAGAGUCUGUUCAGCAUGUUGUCAUGACGGCCAUUCAAGAGCUGAUGAGCAAGGAAUCUCCAGUUUCUCUUGGAAAUGAUGCCUAUGUUGACCUUGACCGCCAGUUGAAGAAAACUACAGAGGAACUGAAUGAAGCUUUGGCAGCAAAAGAAGAGAUUGCACAGAGGUGCCAUGAAUUAGACAUGCAGGUUGCAGCAUUGCAGGAAGAAAAAAGUAGUUUACUUGCAGAAAAUCAGAUAUUAAUGGAAAGAUUAAACCAAUCUGAUUCAAUAGAAGAUCCCAACAGUCCAGCUGGCCGAAGACAUCUUCAGCUACAAACUCAAUUAGAGCAGCUCCAAGAGGAAACAUUCAGACUAGAAGCAGCCAAAGAUGAUUAUCGAAUACGCUGUGAAGAACUGGACAAAGAAAUUUCUGAACUCCGGCAACAAAAUGAAGAACUAACCACUUUGGCAGAUGAAGCUCAGGCUUUGAAAGAUGAAAUAGAUGUUCUUAGGCAUUCUUCUGAUAAAGUGGCUAAACUUGAAGGCCAAGUAGAAUCAUAUAAAAAGAAAUUAGAAGAUCUUGGUGAUUUGAGGCGGCAGGUGAAACUCUUAGAGGAGAAGAACACAAUGUACAUGCAGAACACUGUAAGUUUAGAGGAGGAGUUAAGGAAAGCCAACACCGCGCGCAGUCAACUUGAAACGUACAAGAGACAGGUAGUAGAACUACAAAAUAGACUAUCUGAAGAAUCAAAGAAAGCAGAUAAAUUAGAUUUUGAAUAUAAACGGCUAAAAGAAAAAGUGGACAGUCUUCAAAAAGAAAAGGAUAGAUUAAGAACUGAACGGGAUUCUCUUAAAGAAACCAUUGAAGAACUUAGAUGUGUACAGGCCCAAGAAGGGCAGCUCACUACUCAAGGAUUAAUGCCUCUAGGAAGUCAAGAGUCUUCAGACAGUCUGGCAGCAGAGAUUGUUACGCCUGAAAUAAAGGAGAAGCUUAUUCGUCUUCAGCAUGAAAAUAAAAUGUUAAAACUUAAUCAAGAGGGUUCUGAUAAUGAACGUAUUGCAUUAUUGCAGAGCCUGCUCGAUGAUGCAAAUCUACGUAAGAAUGAACUAGAGACAGAAAACAGAUUGGUGAAUCAAAGACUUCUAGAAGUACAGUCACAAGUUGAAGAAUUGCAGAAAUCUUUACAGGAACAAGGCUCAAAAGCAGAAGAUUCAGUUCUUCUGAAAAAGAAACUUGAAGAACAUUUAGAGAAGCUGCAUGAAGCUAAUAAUGAAUUGCAGAAGAAACGAGCCAUUAUUGAAGAUCUGGAACCAAGAUAUAACAACAGCUCAAUAAAAAUUGAAGAAUUACAAGAAGCUUUGAGGAAGAAAGAAGAAGAAAUGAAGCAAAUGGAAGAACGAUAUAAGAAGUACUUGGAAAAGGCCAAAAGUGUUAUUCGUACUUUAGAUCCUACAAAUCAAGGAGCAGCUCCAGAAAUACAGGCUUUGAAAAACCAACUACAAGAACGGGACCGGAUGUUCCAUUCAUUAGAGAAAGAAUAUGAGAAAACGAAGAGUCAAAGAGAGAUGGAAGAAAAAUUUAUUGUUAGUGCCUGGUACAAUAUGGGAAUGACACUGCAUAAAAAGGCAGCUGAAGAUAGACUCGCUAGUACAGGUUCAGGGCAGUCGUUCCUGGCCAGGCAAAGGCAGGCAACAAGCGCAAGAAGGUCUUACCCUGGCCACGUCCAGCCAGCCACAGCAAGGUAGAGAAGCCUGGUGAUUGUGGCCAUUGGAAAAGUAACCGACCUCCCUUCACAGCAGACUUCUGUUGCACGUGACAACAUUUCAGGAAAUUAGCCAGCUUAUUUUCUGUCUUUGUACUGUGUUGAUAUUUAAUUAUUCUGCAUUUCAGACAUUUUUUUCUAUAUCUGUAAUGAGUUAGUUUCUUCUGUUAUUUCUUUUGGAGUCUUUUUUUUCUUCUUUUUAACGUGCCAAAAUUUUUGAGAUAUCCAAUAAAGAAUGUUGUAUGACAUUCUCUUUACUUGUAUAAAAAUGUCACCACUUGCCCAAUGAUGUAGGCUUUGUAAUUAUACUAAAUUUCCUGUCAAUAAUUAACAUAAAAUUUAUAUUUUUCAUUCUUCCUAUAUGUUACCAUGCUUUAUAAGAAUGUCUUUGUUUAAAGGGAAAUAAUCUUUUUAUGAUAUAUUAAUCUGUUUUAAAUUGUUUUCUGAAAGUUCCUCAAAUAACAGGUAUGCUUUACUGCAUAAGAUGAUUAAGAAAUGUACUUUUUGCAAAGACUUGAAUAUAUAAGCAGAGGUGCUAAAAAUUCAAAUCUUAUUGGAAGCACCUGAUUGAACUCUUCUUCAGAGAAAAAUGAAUUUUUCCUUUGCUUUGCAGAAUUUCUUGUUCUCUUACAUUAAGCAUUAAUAGAAAAACAAAAUACCUUUGACAACUGCCCAAAUUUUUUUUCAUUUUUAACACUUUCAUUUGUUUCCUGGUGUAUUGUUUACUGACAGAAGUGAAUGCUUUAUUAGAAGCAAAAUCAAGAAAUAUGUUUUUAUGCUUAUUGCAUCAUGAGUUUAAAUGAAGGCUUUUAUUUAACUCUUAAUUGUAGAGUAUUGCAGUAACAGGUUCAAGCUCUAGCUAUUUGGCUAUUGUUAAUGUUGAUGGUUUCACCUAUCCUCACCAACUAAAAGGUUAUUUUAAUGUAUUUACAAAUAAUCUUCUUUUUAAGCAUUUUCAUUGUUGAAGUUUCCCAUAUUUGUUUUACUGUUUUCCUGAUCAUUUAUUACUUAACCUUUUAUUUAGCACCUUAAGACAGGUGACUGACUUCCUGUGUUUAUAUUCCGCUUUGGUUUCAUCAUUGUAAAGUCUUGUAUAAUUUGUGCAUAUAAAGUGACAACUCAGUUUUUUCAGGCUAAGCAUUUUUCUUAAUACCAUCUGAGUCUACUAGUCUGGGGGUUUAUUAUAUAAUAUCUUCCUUUUAUGGUUUGCCUCAAAGUGCUUACAUUCAUGACAAACAGAUUGUAAGUCAUAAUUACCUACAUAAGGAAUGAUUGUAAAUUAAGUGUUGACUGGAAAGCACUUUGAAUAAGUGUAUGCGGUGCUAUAUAAAUGCUAAAUGUCAUUCAUUUGGAAAUUGUAUGCCUUCAGUCUGGUCUUCCACGUUGAAUUGUUUAAGUUCAGUACCUUAAUUGUGUAAUUUCCUUAUCCCCAUUUUUUUCUUGUAGGAUGGCCCACUUUUAAAGAGCACAAUUUAUAUAAAAUUGGGAUGAUUUUUAAAUGAGUCUCCUAAUAUAAUAACUUCUUUUAAAAGAGGCUAUUCCUUAUUCAUGAAUUGGCCAUGUUUGGUGCCUGAAUUUGGUUAAAUAUAUUAAAUUUGAAUAAGUAUCUUUGUGCCCAGUUUACAUAGAGAUAGAAACAUUAUUUCAGCAAACAUUUAUUAAGCACUUAUGUGCAACAAUUUAUGCUUAUUUUGAAUUUAAUAUAAAAUAAUAAAUUUGAGCUUCCAAACACAAUCCCCCUAUGUGAACUAAUUAACAAAGUUUGAAAAAUACUUUUAUAAUUUUAUUGUCAAGAUUGAAAUUUAAUUUGGAUUUUCAAAAACUGUAUUCAGAAUUUUUAUUUCAGUAGUUUACUUUUUUGAUAUACAGUACACUUGCAAAUAUUAAACAGCAAAAAAAAGAAUCUUUUUGAACUCCAGAGGAAAGGAACAAUUAGGUAUUAAAAUGUAUACAAAAAUGACUCAAAAGAAGCCCUGAUUUUGUUAUUGGUCUUAUAACAUUUGCCCUGUAAGCUUAAAAGUAAAGUUGUAUUCUGUAGUAUGAAAAUUAUUGACAGCGCUAAUCACACCUUUUCUGCCAGCUGUCACCUGAGCAUCUAAAUUUGCAAUUAGAUCACAUCAGCAUGAAAACAGAGGUUAUGAGAGUAGCCAUGCAGUACCAUAAUGUGCACUGAGGAAUUCCUGGAGGUCCAUUGAUUCAGGCUGCUUAAAUUAAAAUGCAUGAUAUUUUUAUGGGAGUAGGAUUUGACAGGGAUUUUUUUUUUGGUUGCAUCUUACUCCUGUAUCUUAACACAGAAUUGGAAACUGAAACUGCUUUUGCUUAGCAAGUCUAGUUAACAAAAGUAAAAGGAAAGGAGGAUCCUGUGAGUUAUUUAAUGAAAUUAUGAGUAGUUUCGAAUAGCAGGGUAAGGUUUUAAUUGUAGUUUGCUGUUAUUUUUAUGCAACUGCUGUCAGCCCCAGGGAUACAUUUCUAAAUUGGGUUAAGAAGAUGCCAAACUUUAUAGCAGGAGGAUUUGUUUCUAAUGUUUCCUUGGCAUCUUUUGCAUGCUGUUGUCUUUGUGUUUACAUUUGUAAUGCUGGCCUUCUUUUGAAUUGUUUCCAUUUAGAAUGUUGUGUCUUGAUACACAGAAGAAAUUGUAAAAAUUCUAUUUUUUCAUAACCUUUAUAAGAAACAGGAUCUAAAUAUGUUAUAUAGUAUGUGUGACUGAAGGCCAAGAGUAACAUUUUUAACUUUUCACUCUCAACUUUCUUGUUCCUAACCCCGAGUGUGGUGAGAAUCUUUGUACAUCUCCUCCUCUAUAAAAUAAUGGCUAAUAAUAACAUCUCAGGAUUGUGAUGUUUAGUUAGUGAAGUACAAGGAAUUUUGAAGAAGUUAAUAACUGUAUACACUUAUAAAUACUAUUACAUGUGACUUUUUUUCCAUGUUUCAGAAACUUCUUAUGUACAUUGUCUACCUGAAGUUAUAAUUUGUUUCUGUGGAACUGAUUAUGGUAUGAAUAAAAACACAGUAUUAUUCUAUGUGGUUGGGGUGAGCUAUUAGUAUAAGUAUGUGGAAUUGAUAAGAAUAGGUGUCUUUUUAUGCAAAGGACUGUUUUCAUUCUGAGGAGAAGAAUAAGAUGAAAAAUAACAAAAGGUGAAAGCAUAGCAUCUGAAUGGCAUUGAAGUAUCACAGUGUAGACUGUCCCCUAGAGGAUUUUAUCCUUGCUAUCAAAUUACCCAGGUUUCUAGAUUAGAAAUGAUCUAGAACUCAAUAACAUCUGCUCACACCCUCCACUUCAGAAAUGGAUUAUUUCUUAUUUCCCUAGGGCCUAAGAUACUGAUUGAUAUUCUUUCUUAAUUAAUUUUUAUUUCAUUUGAGGGUAAGACAUGUUCUACUGAUGAAUUACUACAUUAAUUUUUAAAAUAGCUUUUUGGCUAAAUCUCAGUAAUCUAUUAAGAUUAGGUGUCACCUUGAAAAGCUAUUGAUGUACAGAAGGUACUUACACAUUUAACCCUUCCAAGACAACUCAUUAGUCAAAAGUCAGAAAGAAAAACUGGAUCUGGAGUCAGGGGUCCUGGAUUCAAAUCCUGCCUCUGUUGCUUAAUAGCUGUGUGGAUCCCAUACUUAUAUAUCACUAUAUCCUGGGCCUUAGUUCUUUCAUCAGUUCUAAAGUCUCUUCCAGUCCUAAAUUUAUGAUCCUGUUACCUAGAUAAUAAUGCCAUUCUUACCAUCUAUUAAUCUUUAGAAUGUGAAACCUACUCUGGAACAGAAAUCUUAUUUUACAAAUAUACAGAUCCUAGGCCUUAGGAACAUAAAAAGUCUUUUCCUCCCUCUCACAUUCAAUUGCUAUGUUUGAAAUUUAUCUGAAACUGAGUCAAAAACCAGCUACUAGAAAUGAAUGAACUAGUUUUACAGCUGGGUAGAGAAUAUAUUUAUUAUAAAACUGUGAGAAAGAUACCAGAUAUUCCAGGCUUUGGGACACAUUAUAAGGGGAUCUUUCUUUAGAGACUGCCAUCAUAAAAGAUGGCACAGUAUACUUGUUAAAAGUAAAGAGAGCUUGACAUAAAUUUAAGAGACUGUAUUAAACUAAAGGAAAAAUGAGAAAGCAAAACCCUUAGCAUACUUUUUGUGUACUUUCUGUGUUUUUCUUCAUGAAAACAUUAGCAAGCCAAUUUUAAGUUGAGAGGAGAAACAGAAUUUACCUUAGGAGAAUAUGACAUUUCUGGGCUUUCCAUCCAAUCAAAAUAAUCUGAUUUCUUGCUCAGUCUCUUCAGCUUACCAAAAUGGCAGCUUACUUCAUGUUGGUUCCUCUUCCUUUUAUUAUAUAUAUAAAAUUGGGCUUUGAGAGUCAUUCUUUGUAAUGAUAGUGAUUAGACGAUUUUACAUUAUGUUUGGAGGAAAAUAUUCUAAAUGUGAUUCUAAGUUUUGACUUUCUGUAAAGCAUUUAAACAAUAGUGUACAUUAUUUUUAUUGAAAAUUUUCAUCCAAUAUCAAUGGCGAAAUAUUCUGUUGAAGAGGAAAAAAAAUCCUUAGCCUCUUAUGUUUUGUAACGAAUUGGUUUUUGAACUUUCCCAAUACCGCAAAAAAGAUAAAAAUUAAAUACUAUGUUAAGACAGAAUAAAAGUGACCUUUUUGGGGAGGCAAACUGUUAGUAUGGUACAAGUAUGAUAGCUUCAGGUUGUUGUUUUUUCUAAUGGCUGCAUGUGUCCUGGGAAAUUAUAUAAUCAUUAUUGAUCCCUCUUUUCCCACUCCUAAAACUGUUUGUUCAUCCAGUGUUCAUGCAGUGUUACCUUUGUGGAUAUGAAUACUUGUAAAAUUGUUGCAUGACACUGUCUUAAAAUAGAGAACUACAUGGUUUUCUUGUGUUACAAGAAGAUAAAUUAAAAGUAUCAUUCGCUUCUCCAAGAAGCGAAGGCCAAGCAGGACUUGGCAGUUGUAUGAAUUUUGGAAAUGAUGAGAGCCAGAAAUCCUACCUAACAACACUAGUCAAGUGUAAUUUGAGGCCACUUUUCUAUAUCUAUAACUGGGAGAACAUGAUAUCAGGGACAAAAUGUAGGAGAGAGCAACUUAUUUGGAUAAAAAAUAAGUAAUGUCCAAUAACGAGAAAGAAUGAGAUUUAUGCAAAUUAUGCUUAGACACAUUCCUAAAGGUAACAGUUCAGUAAAAACUUGUGCUUUUAUUGCACGUGGGAAUUAGCUCUGUUAACAUUUUCAUGUGCUGUUCCUAUCAUUAUUAUUACUUAGAGAAACAAAUAUUUAACCUUGUUAAUAAACCUUUAGACAUAAGCACUGUUUAUGAAUUUUCAAAUUGUUCAUUUUUAUUAUGGAUACUGGCCAAAGAGAUUAUGUAUGCAUUAAUCAUGUCUUUUGGUGAGCAAUUUGAAGGCAUGUUCUCUAUAAUUAUUUGGAUUGAUAAUACUCUUCUAAAAUAAUUUCUAAGGCUCUCCUUAGUUUAUUACAGUCUGUAGUAUGGUGAGAAUGAUUUGAUGAUUGAAAAUCAUGACCAGAUUGGUUCUCAAGUUUCCUGUUCCUGCCACUUCCUUCUUCCAGUUUUCAAAAGGACUUCCAGAUAACUAUAGGUUUCCACAGGGCAACAACUUUAGGAGCACCUUAAAAGUAAAUACAGUCAUUUAGUUUGUCUGUUCUGUCAUUUCCAAACCCUACCCCAGCACUGCUCUAGGUGUUAGAGUUCUGAGAAUUAAAAUGAGUCAGCUUAAUAAUAUUGGAAAACCUCUAGCCUGUCUACCUAUUUAGGAGAAGAAUAAAACUAGUCAGGUAAUAGUCCCAUGGUGAGAAGAAUGUUGUCUAUCACAGCAGUGGAAGAGGAGAGGAAAUAAAAGGAUAGGCAAAUGGAGUGAUUUUUUAAAAAUAUAUAAACGCACACAUGCAUAUCCUGUUUCUUUAGAUCAGGAGUGGUCUUUCUGAGCUCUAAAAACUGGUGAUGACAGUUGAUGACUUAAAAUUAGGAGGAGGUGCUAAUAUAGAAAUGCAAAGGGUGCGUUGGGAGGAAUAGUCUUUAUAGUAUAUUUGUCAUGUGCUGUGACGCAUUGUAUAUACACUCUCAACAUGUAAUUUAUAUAGGCACUCAUAAUAGUACAAGUUAGUGUGUCUUUAAUGUUUUACCUACUGCUACUAAUAAUCAUUUAUGUAUUAUUUAUACUUUUCUUCAACACUCAAUGCACUUUACAAAUACAUUAUUAAUUCCCCCUGUAUUUCAUGCCAUGUAUUUCUCCCCAUGUAUUCUUUCUGUCUUUUCCAUGAGAAUGAUCUAGAAGGAUGGCCCAAAAUAGAUGGGCAUUUUACCUAUUCCUAAAUUGCUGAAAUUCUAAGCCUAGAACCAAAACAUCUUUCUUUUCAGCCCAGUUAGACAUAAUGGCAAUUAGCUGGCUUUUUUAUAGAGCACAUUAAUUUAGCAAAAGUGUUAGAUUAAGUCUUUUUUAAACUUUGGGCCUAGUAGCCAUGUGUUUUUCUGAUGCUAUAAUCAUAUAGCUCAGUCAUCCACUUGUUUGCCUGCUUUGAAUAGUUGGAUGAUCAAGCUUUGCAUUUGCCGAUCUGUAUCAAGUUAACUUUGAGAGGAAUCCUUCUUGAAACAGGAAUCUUGCAGAGUAAAAGAAAUUAUUGUUUGAACCUUAGAAUUAUCUUUUAUGCCCCCUGGAAUUUAAGAUAUAUUCCUUUAAACUUCCACCUUCCAAAAACACAACAAUUUAUAAGGGUCUCUUUUCUUCCUAAAUUCAUAGUUUUUUCUCCACCAAGGAAAAGUACUUACCAAGAGUCAAACUCGGUAUCCAUGGAGUUGAUGAUUUUAGAACUUUCUUCAUAGACUUCUAACACAAGGAGGUUUUCUUAACUUCUCUGUGUCUUCCUCACAAAAUGAAAAGAGCUUACUUUGCCCCGAAUAGACUUCUGUGUCAUCACAAAUACCCAAACAUAAGAGGGGAAACAAAGUUUGAGGAGCUAUGGUCUUUUUAGGGUAUUCUCAUCCUGGAAUCCUCAAAGUAUGUGCUAUUGAUGGUGAACCUGGCAA